AUGGAACUGGCUAUGACUAUGGCGGCUUCUUCACCAGUUUCCAGAUUUGUUGGAUUCGGUGAUCGUACUAUUCUCAGGUAUGAUCAUGAUCAACGUCGUCGUUGUUCUUGGAAUGGAAUCGAAAAGAAGAUGAAUCAAGCCAGGAUCACUUUUACUCGGAAUCAAGCUUCUGCUUACCCAAUCUUUCUCAAUCAGCACAAUAAAGACUCACCAAGACCCAAAAAUUACAAAGAGGCCAUUAAGCCAGCCCGUGAAAUGUUUGCUCGAGAGAUCUCUCCCCAAUCGAAAGACAGUGAAAUUUCGAUUGCAAAGGUUCUGUUGUACAUUGCUGCUGAGGAUGAAGCCUUCUUGGCCUUUAACCGGGAGUUGGAUGCUCAGUCUUUCGCAAAGGGUUUAUCUGAUCCGAGCGAGACAGAUUCUGAGGUGAAGGAAAGUGUCAAAGAUCAAUCUGAUCCGAGCGAGACAGAAUCUGAGGAGCUGUUGAUAGAUGGAAAGAGUAUAUCCGAAUGGUUGAGUGAACUAGAUGCAAUUUCCAAAGAAGUAGAGGCAGAAUUAGUCUCACGAGACAUCGGCCGCCACUCGGUUCAAGUCCUUGAAGCUGUGAACACAGUACUCUUCGACCUGAGAGGCUUCAAGAGGACAUCUAUUCCUUUAGACCCCAAAUACUUUUACCUUCACUCUGUACUUAACUGUAGAUGCGGCACUGCAUUUUUGUUUAGCGUAAUAUACAUUGAAGUUUGUCAGCGCCUUGGUGUGCCUAUUGUGGGAUCUCGCGUUGGGGAAGAUUUUUUGAUUUGGCCUAGGACGGAGUAUCCUGAAGAACUCUUUAACACAACUUCAGGACAGAGCUUGUUUGGUAUUGUCAAUGGACGCUGCGUUGAUGAUCCUAGAUCCAUGGCAUCAGAUUUAACCGCAAAGUCACUACAAGACUUGGAUAUUGCGACGAACAGAGACAUUAUAGGGAUUGCUCUCGCCAAUUUGAUUAGGGUUCAUUGGAGACUUGCGUCGAGGUCAUCUCCUGGACUAAUGCUGACUUCUCCUAUUAGUCAACUUAACAAAAUCAGAAAAUAUGAUAUUCCAUUGCGGCCUCAAGAUCUUAGGUUGGCUAUUGCGGCUGCAGAAAGGCUGUUGAUUUUGGAGCCUCACAACUGGAAACUUCGCAGAGACCUUGGCAUGAUGCUCUACCACAUCAAGCAAUACGGAGAGGCGAUUCAAGAGCUAAGCAUAAGUAUGGCCUUUGCAUCUGAUGAAGAGGAAGUAAAAGUGAUGAAGCUUUUUGUAGAGAAACUCCAUCUCCUUCGUCUUAUCUCUACAUUGGAGUCUCCGGUUAAUGGCUCUGAUCGCUUGACCGUACCUUGA